GCCCUUAGGGGCUACUCUUCGAGUAAUAAAGCCGACCAAGAAGGUCAUUUUUCUUAUAUUAAGGGUAGUAAGAGUAUUUUCAGCCUGCUGGCACAAGGUGCCAUUUUGGAUCGCUCGGUAUUGUACUCUUCAACUCCUGAAAAUGCUAUGAUUAUCUGGCGAUUAAUUUGUGAUUCUUUGGCGUGUGCCAGUACAUCCGGUGCUGAUACAGUCCAAUGUGUUAUAAAAACAAGCAGGACACAAUCUAUGUCUCUCUCCAACCUUCGAACCUUCGCAUAUACUAUCCUAAAAAACCUUAAUGAUGAGGCCGUCAAUGAUCAUGUACAGAAUGUGAAAAUGAAAUUAUUGCGCUUAUCUACGAACCAUUCACAAUCCUCAUAUGUGGACAUAUCUUCCAUAGAAAGUAUCGAGAAAAAUUUUUUACUUACACAAUCGAAUGUAUGUCCUAUUUCUGGUUGCAAUAGCUCUGUUGAGCCCGUGGUUUCUGAACAAAGAAAUUCCCAAUCGAGUGGAACUUCGGAUCUAGCUGAUAGGUUGGGUGAUGAUCUUAAAAUGAAUACUCCAAGAAUUACAAAUGAUCCAAUGAAUAUAUCACCAUUAUUGGGCGGAGGUAAUCGCGACAUUGAUCCAAUAUUAUUCGAGAGUGGGGUGCAGAAAAAACGAAUUAUGGAAGAAGAUUCUCCCAUAUUGAAAAGACUUAUUCAGGAACUUUCAACUGAUGGUCCCGAGGAUACAGUAGCUUUACAAACUGAAUCAGCCUCCGAGACCAAUACAACAUCAGUUAACUUUCUAAAUUUAUAUCAAAAAAUCGUAGAUGCUGAAGGUAUUAAUAAAAAAACAUCCCAAGACGUAAUACGUCACUAUUUUCAUUUCGGAAAAGCAAUUGAUGAACGAUGCAAUCACUACAGGAAAGGAUAUCCAAAGCGUACAUCUGAGGGGAAGGUUGGUGAUGAUAUUAGAAAACAGAUUCCAAAUUCGAUUAGUGAAAGCUUACUUCGAAAGACAAAAGAGAGGGCCCUGAAGAUUUACGAUAUCUUUAAUGAGAUCGGGAUCGAUAAUUAA